UAAAAAUAAAAGAAUACCCAACAUUCAUAGUGCCAAUUAGGAUCUGUACGGUCAGACAGUUUCUUUAUUGGAUUAAUUCAAAACAGGUCGACCCAUAAAUGCCAUAGACCUUGGUCUCGUUCUCCAGCCGGGAGCCCACACAGACAGACAGGAAAUGCCACUGAGAGUCCGUUAGCAUGCUAACUUCGCUAGAUACAAUACAAAAUGCGCUGUCACAUAACAACACUGUAAUCUCUUCACAUUAUGAUGAAAAUACUAUUUAAUUAUUAGACUGUUUUAAAAUUCCCGCCACAUCUCACACAUUUGAGAAGCAACAUGACAGUAAAAUCAGGGUUUAUGCUGUUAAAAGUAUGUGAUUAACUAUUGACAACUAGACUGGCAUUAAACUGUUAAGUUCCAGCAACUUUUAUGAAAGGAAAUGGAAACAUAAUACAAACCACGUGUCAGGAGGAAACUAGAUCCAGCUGUCAGAUAGAUGGCUGCACCUAUUUGUUAACGUUGGUAAACAUUGUAGGAUACACCCAGUGCAGACGGCAGACAGUGGGGGAGUCGAUUCGCAUUUCCUCUUUUGAACUGAUGUAAAGCGUGUCUCUCUCACAGAGCGGACACACAAAGAAUAGAGUAGAGUAGAGAGACAGGUACAGAGCUCCAGAAAGGUCAAAUCAAGAGGAAAACUAGUCUACAGGCGGCUGAAAAAGAGAGACAGACACUAGCAAACGUAUCUGUAUCAAGGUUGGAUAUGGCCAGGUUGGACGUCGUAGAGAACUUUCAUGGUUUAUUCUUUCCUGGACACCUGCACACCCAGGAUUCCUUACAACUUGCUCUCAAAUUUCCAUUUCAGGACACCGAUAUCAUCAUUGUCUCAUAUCCAAAAUCAGGAACCACAUGGAUGCAGGAAAUUGUGACGCUCAUAUCCAGCAGAGGGGACCCACACCUUACCCAAACUGUCCCAAACUGGGCAAGGGCUCCCUGGCUGGAGCAUCAUUAUUUCACUGCGUUACUGGAGGCUUCACCCACCACACCACGAGUCUUCACCACACACCUGCCCCAUCACCUGCUGGGCCCCACCCUCCAGGGAUCCAAAGCAAAGGUCAUCUAUGUGAGCAGAAACCCGAAAGAUGUGGCGGUUUCCUUUUAUCACUUCCACAAAAUUGCCAAAUUCCUACCUGAGGCCGGCUCAUUUCCUCAGUUUUUAAAUCGAUUCCUCGAGGGCACACUGCACUACGGCUGCUGGUUUGACCACAUCAAAGGCUGGACCAGGCAGAAAGCCACUAUGAGCAAUCUGCUUCAUAUCUCCUAUGAAGAGAUGUCGAUGGACAGACACGGUGCCAUAAAGAGGGUGAGCUCUUAUCUACAGACUCCCCUGCUGGAGGACGAAGUCAACAACUGUGUGAAACACUGCAGCUUCAGCAGCAUGCAGGACAACAAGAUGGCCAACUACACUCUGGUCAGCGAGGAGAUAAUGGACCAUAACAAGGGCUCCUUCAUGAGAAAAGGUAAGAUUGGAGACUGGAAAAACAUGUUCACAGAGGACCUGAAUCAAUAUUUCAAUAGCGUCCUUGAGUACAAGAUGGUGGACUCCACUCUAGAGUUUGCAUGGGAUGAGCGACAUGAAGAGGAGACACAUGCUAAUAAACAAAUCCCACUGAAGAACACAUAACUGUGAACAAAAGCUAAAUGAAGUUAGAUAUCAUGUUGCAUUGCGUGAGAUGGAUGACAAGUGGAAGGUUUUCUUUGGUUUGUAGUUUAAAUGAAUAAAGGGCCACUUGUGACAUGCAACGCUCAGCAGCCUCCAGUGCCGUGUCUGUACGAUGCAGACUUGCUGUUAUUAGCUGUGCUUUAUGUGACACGUGUGAUGAUGUAUUCAAAUUCAAUUUUUUAAUGACAAUGUUUGAAUAAAUCUCAAAUCCUCUUA